AUGGCUGACGACUCGAAAUCGGAGCCUUGCCACUGCAUCGAAAAACCCAGACAACGUGGACCUGAUGGACGUAAGCUCGGCUUGGAUCAGAUGAUCUUGCUGAUGGAUCCAUGCUUGGGGGCGCACUGGCAAGCAAUCAAGGACCGCAUUCGCAAGCUGGCGUUCGAAAGGUUGGCUAUCGGCCGCGUUUACAAUGACCAGCCGUCAUUUGCCCAUUCGUUAUUGGUCUGCCAGGUUGCCGACCAAUGGCAAUUCCUGUGGGACUACGUGGACCUCUGGCCGCUUCGUCUAUACCUUCGGUUUCUUCUCUCUGCGUACGCGGAUCCUGAUACGCCUACCGGCAUCGCCUUGAGGCUCAGGAAAAGUCUUGACGAUCAUUCUGUGAAGCAUGAGACUGCCUCUGCAUCUACUGCCUCCACACAAAGUAUCAACGAUGAUGAUACUCUUGAGUGGGAUGACCCGGAAGAACAACUUAACGAUACAACUACACGAACCUCUUCGUAA